AUGGCUAAAGAGGAUAUUGAACAUUUCUUUGUUUCAUGUCCGUUUGCUCAAAAUCUCUGGUCAACAAUUUCUUCUAUCUUUGGCAGAAAAAUAAACAGUUAUGGUUCUCUGCAAACGUUGAUUAUGGAUGCGUCUAAAGAAAAAUUUAGUCCCCAAAUCUAUUCAGUUUGGAAUGUGGCAGUGGUGACAACCGUGUGGUUAAUUUGGAAGCAUCGAAAUUUGAUUAUUUUUGAAGAUCACCAACCUAAUAUUCAUGGAGUGAUUCGAAAAAUCUUUUGCGCUCUAAAGGAUUGUGGCUUUUUAAAACUUCGUCAUUGUAAUAACUCUCUAUCAGACAUGACUAUUUUGUCUCGCCUUCAUAUUAGGAGAGUUCCUAAAAAAUCCAUUAGAGUUGUUUCAGUUUAUUGGCGUCCGCCUCCGACGGGGUGGAUUAAGGUGAAUACUGACGGUUCUGCAUUGGGUACUCCGGGUCCUGCAGGAGGUGGUGGUAUUUUCAGAAAUGCAAGAGGAUAUUGUCAAGGUUGCUUUUCUAUUAAUAUGGGUGUUUCGUUUGCUUUUUUAGCAGAGAUUGAGGCUGCUAUAUUUGCUGUUCUAAAAGCAGCGGACAUGGGUUUUCAAUUUGUUUGGCUAGAAUGUGAUUCCAUUUAUGUUGUGAAUCUUUUUAAGAGAAAGGACAUGCAAAUUCCCUGGAAGUUAAGAGUGAAGUGGAUUGCUUGUUUAAAGUACAUUAAUAGCAUUAAUUUUGUGGUUUCUCAUAUUUUCAGAGAAGGCAAUGGAGUGGCGGAUAUUCUGGCUCAUCAUGGUGUUUCCAUUCAAGGAAGUGGUCUCGACAGAUUUAGAGUUGGGUUUGGUCUCAAGGAGAGUCUAGAGCUUAGCAACCCGUCUCGUAGACCUGCCUCAUUACUCGUCGAGUUGUUCUAUACUGAUCUGCUGACUUUGGUGAUUUCUGUUCAUGAUGUUGUGCAGCUGGUGGUGCAUAUUGCUGCUUCUAGUGAUGUUUAUUGCUUUUGGUGGCGUUGUUCUUCCUUAAUAGGCGGGUCCCCUACAUUAUUAUGGAAAUUGCAUGGAUAUUUGCUAGUUCAUGCAAAUUCACGUUCUUUACUCAGUUGA